UUAGCACGGUAUACGUACGUAGCGUAGCCAUGAAUGUAGAGCGCGAUCUCCAUAUGACCCGGGGCGACGGCGAACACAGCUACGCCUCUAACUCCAGGCUUCAGGAGAAGUCCAUACUGAAGACGAGGCCGGUGCUGCACAAGGCCGUCGUGGCAGCGGCUCACGCCUGCUUGUCGCUCUCCUCAGGACCCGGCGGCGCUAUGGUCGUUGCUGACCUCGGCUGCUCGUCGGGGCCCAACACUCUGCUCGUCGUCUCCGAGGUGAUCAAAGCGGUGGCCGACUGCUGCCGACACGAGCAGCAGCUGGCCGCCGGCGGCCAACCACAGCACGUGCAGUUUUUCCUCAACGACCUCCCCGGGAACGACUUCAACCUCGUCUUCCAGUCGCUGGAGCUGAUCAGGAAGCUGGCCGCCAAGGACGGGCUGGAGGAGCCGCUACUGCCGCCGUACUACGUCGCCGGGCUGCCGGGCUCCUUCUACACCCGGCUGUUCCCGGACCGCACCGUCCACCUCUUCCACUCCUCCUACUGCCUCAUGUGGCGCUCCAAGGUCCCCGACGAGCUCGCCGCUGGCGCCGUCCUCAACGAGGGCCACAUGUACAUCUGGGAGACCACGCCGCCGGCGGUGGUAGCCCUGUACAGGACGCAGUUCCAGGAGGACUUGUCGCUGUUCCUCAGGCUACGCCAUAGGGAGCUCGUGACCGGUGGCCACAUGGUGCUGACGCUCGUGGGCAGGAAGAGCAAGGACGUGCUCCGUGGCGAGCUCAGCUACACGUGGGGCCUCCUCGCGCAGGCUCUCCAGUCGCUUCUUAAAGAGGGCCGUGUGGAGAAGGAGAAGCUGGACUCCUUCAACCUGCCGUUCUACGCACCAUCUUUGGACGAGGUGAGGGACGUGAUCGCGCGGAGCCAGGCGUUCGACGUCACCCACUUCCAGCUCUUCGAUUCCAACUGGGAUCCACACGACGACGACGACGACGAUGACGCGGAGAUGAAGAUGGAAGAAGAAGACGCCGUCCAGAGCGGCGUCAACGUUGCCAUGUCCAUCAGGGCCGCGAUCGGGCCCCUCAUUGCCCGCCACUUCGGCGAGCACAUACUUGACGAUCUCUUCGAGCUGUAUGCCAAGAAUGUCGCGGUGCACCUCCAGAAAGUGAAGACCAGGUACCCUGUCAUCGUCGUUUCCCUCCAGGCGAAAUGAGCCGCGCGCCAAAUAAAGGACCAAGCUAGCAGAUGAAAAAUAAUAUUAAAUCUGGCGUCACCGCUACUACUAUAUGCACGCAGAAGUAUUAAUCAACCAAUCAGAAAAAUAAAGUGCCUCAGAGACUGUUAGUGGCAUAUCCAAUGUUUCCGUUAAUUAUAUGUACUGUAACGGUAAUGGUAAUCUUGGGUGGCAAAACAUGGGCUCUGGCUUUUCCUUGAAAAAAAUGCCACUACUAUUAAAUAUAAAAAAUCCGGUCUGUUUUUGAAACAGGCCGUAACUUGU